CAUUGGCUCAGCAGCAUCGCAGCUUGCGAAAUCUCUACAUCGCUAGCAACAAAAAACACACUAUCCAAAUUGGGUUUUAUCAGGGACUGUUUCGCCAAGAAAUUAAUCAAAUCACCGAGAUGAUAUCUUGACCAAAUCUUAGGCUGAGGAAUAGGAAUUAUACCAUACCUUCUAGUUACACUAAUGGCCGUUGGCGGCGCCACCGUCACCAAGGAUAUCGUAGUGUUGGUUAUCGAGGACCAUGAAGUUGGAUCAUGUUCGGCAGUAAAAGGUAUUGUAGCGUCUGCAGCAGAAGAAAGAUUGAACACAGGCACUUGAAGCUGCACCCGUUCCCCAAGGACCCACAGAGAUGCUUGGAGUGGCUAAGAAUCUUAGACAUUCCCAAUCUGAGGGGCAAGACGCUGAAACAGCUAAAUGAAACUUACAGGGUUUGCAGCUUGCAUUUUAGCGAGGAUCAGUACCAUCAUUCUGGGAGACUAAUGUUCAGUGCUUAUCCAUCUGAAGCUAUCUAUGGCUGUUAUGGACGGUGACCAUGGAGAAGGUGGUUCAUCUAGGCUGAUCUCUACUCGUAGAUUAACCUCAAAGCCAUACAGGCAAAUAAAAAAGUUCAACUUGCGGUCUAAGAAGACUAAAAAGCCACUGAAGAAGUCUAAGGCAAAGUUGAGAGUGAACCGGUGCUCCCAGUGUUCCUGCCAGAGGAGCAAUGAUGAUCACCGUGAGUGUUCAGCUCAUGCACAGUGCUCCAGAAGCGGGCACUUUGAUCCUCUCUCAUGUGAAAUCUGUUGUCCCAGUGUUCAGGCACUGCUGGAUGCAGAUACAAUUGAUAAGGACUCUGAACACUGGAGGAAGCUGAAGAAUCGGUUCCUAGUUGCAACAAAAUGGGCUUCUAGAAAGAAUGUUCCAAUGAACUGGCUGGAUGAAAAGCUAGCACACAAACUGCAGAUUGUCAAGGAUCCUAAUCACACCAGCACUGUAGCAUCACAAGUAGCAGUUGCUGAAUCCAAGGUAUCACAGGACAAGCUUGUGGAUGAAAAGGCAAGCAUUCCACUCCAUUCGCAAGAGUACUUUUCAUUCUCUUCCACAGAUGAGUCCACAGGGUCAAAUUAUGGUUCUCGUACAAAUAGGAGAAAGAGAAAGAAAAAGAGAGCCGCUCAGUGUUCUUGUUGCUUAAUACCAAUCAGAGAAGACGGGCAUCGCAAGUGCUCAGCUCAUGCUUCCUGCACAAAGUCUGGAAUCUUUAACCCUCAGGCUUGUCGUAUAUGCUCACCACAUGUUAAGGCUUUACUAAAGGCAGAGACAAUUGACAAGAAAUCUGUCCAUUGGAAGGCAUUAAAGGGUCGCUUCACUAAUGCAAAAAAGUGGGCCUCAAGAAAGGGUCUUGUUUUGAAAUGGGGAGAUGACAAGCUAGCACAUGCACUCCAAUUGAAUAGAGAGUACAUGCGAUCAAAGAGUGAGGUUUCCACAGCUUCCCCUGCUCAACAACAAUCCAACAUUCCCAGUUCCGGCACUAUUCAAGAGAACCAAUUAUCUCAGGACAAAUUCAGGGAUAUAGUAUAUCAAUAUGUCACCGAGGUUCUCAAGGAGAAGUGCAGUGAAGACCUCUUGCAAAACUUGCCUGCAGCUCAUUCUUCCAAAGCGUCCAGGGUAGGGGGGUAAGGUUGGAUCUUUCUCAUCUUUACCGCCACCAAAAAGGAGAAGAAAGAUUUCUCCUCAUUCUGCAUUAGACCACUCUCUGUCAGCAAAGGAAGGGUCAUCUUCUGGUUUACAUCCUGACAUGGUACAUUCCUCCAUUCCUUCCUCUUCCUUUGAGUCAGCUAUGCCUCUUCCAUAUCCAGUAACCACAGAUAAACCACCUGCCAUAGGUGUGCUUGGAGAGGGUACAGGUAAUUCUCUUCCGGGUAUAUGGUUUCCAGUGCCAUCAGAUUGGAAUGUUAGUAUGGUCGGCGGUAAACUCGUUGCUACUAAACCAUUUGUGGAUGAAAACGGUGCACUAUCUCGUCAACCGAUUGAUAAUGUUGAGUUUCAAAUCACACGGAACUCGGGGAACAGUGUCAUGAAAUGUAGAUAUGUUCCCUCAACAGACAGCAGUACGUAUCAUUCGUGGGAGGCGGCAGCGAACAGGUUGAAGCAGUCUCUGGCUGAAGCAGAUCAGCUUUUCCCAGAUAAACAUUCCAACAUUACUGUAGCUCUGUCUGCCACAUCAAAUGGACUAGAUGUAAAUUUUCAUCAAGAGCCCUCUGAAGUAUUAACAGCGCUUGGAGAAGAGUUUGUAGAGCUGUGGAAAUCUGUAGCGGAUGCAUAUGCACCGAGGAUGCUGUCUCUGCCUCCAGGAUUCACAGGGGUGAGUUCCAUUGCUGGGCCAUCAGCUUAUGCACAGACACUUCGAUUCCUGUCUGCUCCUCGCAUCCAAAUGGAUGACAUUCCUGUGCACCUGCGUCGGCCUCGGAUUCAUUAUGUUGAGGCGGAUGGGAGGACUCGGCAGUCCGCAUUAGCUUUGAGUUCAGUUCAGGCUGCUUUGGCAUAUGGCUCAGACUUUGCUGGCAGGAUGGCUGAGAAAUUACAGUCUGAUCCUGAGCUGGACGCAGUAUCCGUGAUCCGCCUUUUACAACAGCAAAUGCUAGAUGCAGCGCAGUCAUUGACAUUCCACGUCAAGGACCUUCUUAAACAAGCAAUUCACUUUCGACUUUGCCUGCGUAAGGAUACGCUGCCGAAAGUACCUGAAAGCCAUCAUUAUAAGAUCGUGAAGGGGGAUCCCUUUGCAGCAGAUAUUUUUGGGCCGGCUUUAGAAAAGGCUAUAAAUAUCAAACCACCUACGACAAAAGACUAGUCAUAUGACACAAAAGGGAGUUUAUUCUCCCUUAAGCCCUUUUAGCUCUAAGUAGAACUUAAACUUCUAUUUCCGAAGCAUUUCCAGCUUCACUUUUAAGCAAAUAUCACUUUCUAGAAAGACAUUUUCAUAGUGCAACCAGUAUGAAAGAUUGUAGUGACGUAACAGAAUAAAAAGUUGAAUGUAGAAAAAACAUUUAUGAAUACAGGCUGGAUGCAGCUUAGAAAUGAAGUUCGUAAUAAGUGUUUAUGAAUGUGGUACGUUGCAUGAGAAUAGUACGAUGAUGAAAUAAUGUUAUUUUUUGUAUGACCAGUUUUAAAACCGUGUCUCAUCUAGAAUGAGACUAAAUUUAGGGAGUAAAACUGAAAUGGUAAAAUUACAAUAAAAUUUACAAGAAGUAAAA